CGUUGUGGUGAGUUGAGAGACGUCACGUAUCUGCCACAUAUUUAUUGGCUGACUAACCCAAACAUAAACACGGGGAUUUGCUAACCUGAGAAUGACUUAAUGAAAAAAUAGCCAUCGCAACCUUUUCAUGUCUUUAGAGUUCAACACUACUUGAGAAUACAUUCAAUUUUGCAAGAAAUUAGUAGAAAAUAAUUAACAAUGUCAAGUGAGUCUCUGAGAGAGAUGAGCCAGGCGCGAUUUUCUGAGACUCUGCCUUCACUGAGGAAGUAUACUCGUAAGCGGCAGCUGCUGGCAAAAAAUGGAUAUUACCUUGAGAUAUUCCCAAAUGGCGAGGUUGGCUGCACUAGGGACGGCUCAAGUCCAAAUAGUGUGCUAGAGUUCUUGUCAGUCGGUCCAGACCUAAUAGCGAUUGGUGGACAUGCAGCAGACAAAUACCUUGCGGUGGACAACCAGGGCAAGAUAUUCACAUCGAACUCGGAACGCAAGGAGUGUGUCUUCAGAGAGUUGACCGGGAAGAAUUUCUACACCCUUAUACGCACUUGCCACUCGGAUAAACACGGCCACGGAUGGUACCUAUCAAUCAACAAUCGCGGGCGGGUGGCGACCAAGACGUGCACUUACAGUGAUCACCCACAACUCCACUUUAUUGUGAAAGUAAUCAAAGAGAAUCAAGAAAAUAAUGGGAAAUCUGAGAGUACACGGAAUUCGACCCCGGUAUGGAGAAGGCAGUCAAUGGAGGACUUCGAAUUGAUUGAUUUUAACUCAUUUACACCAAGCCCCAUGAGUGGGAUGUCACAGAGGAGUUCUCAGUCCGAGGACGAGUCUUCUGGUUCGGUAGAAAAUUAUACUUCAUGUUAAUAAGUACAUUUUGAUCAUGUAUCACAAAAAUUAGCUUGUGAUACUGUGAUAAGGAGUAUGAUAAGGUUGAAAAACGUGGUUCUUCUAUAUUCCACAAAAAACUGCUACGGAGCAAUUUUGUAGUCAUUGCAAUUUAUGUCAGAUCAGUUUACAGUGAAUUCUCGAAUCUUGAAAAAUUAGAAUUCCCUUUUUUUUACCCGUUAAGUGGAUAUCUUGUCAAAGAAAUUGCGGACAUUUGGACAAACUCCCGAGGAUUCCCCUGUUUUCUCAUGCGGAGGCUAAUAGGCGACUUGCAAUAAGCAAUCACGUGACCCACGUCAAAAUAAACACAGAAAUGCUUAGGGGCCACGAAAAAAUAAAAAUCUUUAAAUGAAAAUAGGAGAGAAAGCUUGCCACACAAAAAGUCACAAGUACAAGUCCCCCAUGGUUUGUCUCGUAUCUCUGUCGACCCAAUAUCUUUGUCUAGAUUUUGUCGCACAAUAAACUCUACUGAACAACAA